UGACAGUAGUUUGAAAGUUGUCUAUGAAAUACUUCAUAUGUUUUCAUAUCAAUAAUGUUUGGUCAGUUUUCAUCCUGUUUUGAUCUUUUUGGACCCAGGAAGUCAGAGCUGAGAACUCUGGAGGUAAAGCAAACAGCGCCCCCUAUCUGCGGUGAAUUCCUCUGACUUCCGGUCAGAAUCGGACUCUCAUCUCCUCUCUGCUCCUCCCACCUGCUGGAUAAAACCUGCAGUUUCACCGCGACCCGCGUCUCCUGCGCCAUGUUUCCGCUGCGGCUCCUCGCUUUGAUCUUCGUCUCCUCGGCAACAGUUGACCCUUCACCUGAGGAGGAGAAGGAGAAGCAGGAUGAUGAGGAGGAGAAGAGCAGGUAUGACCUGGUGUUCAUGAGGGGAGACCUGCUGGAAGUCCCCCGGACUCUCUUCACUCAUUUUGGGAUUUACCUGGGAGGAGGCAGAGUGGCUCAUUUCAUCCCCGACAUCAUGCCCGUCGUCUCCACUAACCAGUUUCGGCUCAAACAGAUGGUCAGCAACACCAGACUCAUACUGGGAGUACUGGCAAAGGCUGGCAGCGUGAGGGUGGACUCAGUGGAGGACUUCGCCUACGGAGCCGAGAUAAUCCUCAACCCCAUGGACAAGAUGUGCAGCUGUGCAGUGCUGCAGGGGGAGGAGGCGGCCCGGCGGGCCGAGAAGCUGCUGGGAGACGUGGCCUACAGCCUCCUGUGGUACAACUGCGAACACUUCGUCAUGUACUGCCGAUACGGCACCGUCAUGAGCUUCCAGACCUUCCAGUUCUGUAAGACGGUGAGGAAGCUGUUGCUGAGUCGAGGCGUUGCCAAGGUUACGGCAGUGCUGGCUGCUUGUCUGCUGGUCUACCUGCGGGUUUUGAACACCUGGUCGGUCCUGCUGGCGGUUCUGCUGCCCUUCCUCCUCUGGAUGGCCUCCUGACUGGACACACUGACCCGGACCCUGACCCGGAUCCUCAGAGAUGAUUUAUUUUGACCAGCAGUCCAAUCUGAAGCUUAAAUUAGUCCUGAUUGUUUUCAUCACAGAAUCUUUCAUUGUUUAUGAUUUAUAAUAGAUCUCAAACAUAUCCUGUUAAAUAAAACGUAUUUAUUUA